AUGAAUCCAUUGUGGCAUCAUCUUCCAGUUGAUCGUGCUAGUACACCCAAAAUUUUAUCUGAUUUUCCUCGAACAUCCACGCCAAUCAAACUGUCAAAAAAUUAUCAAAGUCCAAAACGAAAGAAGAAACAUUCACCAUCAAAACAAAUCUGUCGAUCACCAAAGGAUAUUCGCGCGUCAUCUACACAAUGUAAUGAACAUAAACAUCGAAAACAAAAGGAAAAACUUGAUUUAAAAUGUACAAUAAAUAAUGAUAAAAUAUUAAAAAAACGUAAAAGUCGUCGACGUCAACAUUAUGCUCGUGAAUCAGAAACAUUACCCUUUCAUUUAUAUAUACCAUCACGUCUACAUUAUAUAACGACGAGUACGACUAAUUGUUAUAGAAGAACUGAUUCUUGUACUCAAUAUUCUAUAGCAAAACAACAACCACUAGUAAAAAUUUGGGUAGUGUAA